CUGCUGCUGCUGACUGAAGCUGAAGCUGCCCGCUUGUUCUCCACCAGCCAGCCAGCAGAAGCAGUGAUCUCUGUCCGGAGAGCAGCAGAGCAUCGAUGUGCAGGACCUCUGGAUUAUCAGUGAGCUGGAGAGACCAGAACCGACCACCGUGGAGGACUGUCUCUCUCUUCAUCUAGUCGACAAAGGAGAGAGCAUGGCGGUAGAAGAGGAAGGUCUCCGGGUUUUCCAGAGCGUUAAAAUAAAAAUAGGAGAAGCAAAAAACAUCCCUCCGUACCCGGGGCCCAACAGGAUGAGGGACUGCUACUGCACCGUCAACCUGGACCAGGAAGAGGUCUUCAGGACCAAGAUCAUCGAGAAGUCGCUUUGUCCGUUCUAUGGGGAGGACUUUUACUGCGAGAUCCCACGUAGCUUCAGACAUCUCUCCUUCUACAUCUUCGACAGGGACGUCUUCAGGAGGGACUCCAGUAUCGGCAAGGUUGCGGUGAAGAAAGAGGACCUGCAGAAGUAUCACGGCAAAGACACCUGGUUCCAGCUACAACCUGUCAGCGCUGACUCAGAAGUGCAGGGAAAAGUGCACCUGGAGCUGCGUCUGAGUGAAGUCAUCACAGACAGUGGAGUCAUCAACCAUAAACUAGCCACACGUGUGUUGGAGUGCCAAGGUCUUCCAAUCGUCAACGGCCAAUGUGAUCCCUACGCUGCUGUCUCCUUACUAGGACCUUCGAGGUCGGAAGCCAAAAAGACCAAAGUGAAGAGGAAAACCAACAAUCCGCAGUUUGAGGAGGUUUUCUAUUUUGAGGUGACGCGGCCGUUAAGCUACACAAAGCGGCAGUUUGAUGUUGAAGAGGAGGAUGUUGACAAGCUGGCACUGAGGGUGGAGCUGUGGAACGCCAGCAACCUGAAGUUCGGGGAUGAGUUCCUGGGAGGUGUGCGAGUUCCUCUGCGGGCGUUGGGUCAGGCUGGUGUCCACGACGCAUGGUACUUUCUUCAGCCCAGAGAGAACGGAGGGAAGCCAGUGAAGGUAGAAGAGCUCGGCUCUCUGCGUCUGAACAUCGUUUACACCGAGGACCACGUCUUCCCCUCCGAACACUACACUCCCCUCAGAGAUCUACUGCUGCACUCGGCCAAUGUGGAGCCUGUGUCGGCGUCCACAGCUCACACUCUGGGGGAGGUGUGUCGGGAGAAACAAGAAGCCGCCAUCCCCCUCGUCCGUCUGUUUCUUCACUAUGGCAAGAUUGUGCCUUUCAUCAGCGCCAUCGCUCACGCUGAAGUCAACCGCACACAGGAUCCUAACACCAUUUUCCGGGGAAACUCGCUGACUUCCAAGUGCAUUGAUGAGACCAUGAAGCUGGCAGGAAUGCACUAUCUGCAAGUCACACUCAAACCCAUCAUAGAUGAGAUCUGCGCAGAACACAAAUCCUGUGAAAUCGACCCGGUCAAGCUCAAAGAGUCGGAGAACCUGGAGACGAACAGGGAAAACCUUCGUCAGUACGUGGACCGUAUCUUCAACGUUAUCACCACCUCUGGCGUCCGCUGUCCCACCGUCAUGUGCGAUAUCUUCUUCUCUUUGAGAGAGUCCGCUGCCACCCGUUUCCAAGUUGACCAAGAUGUUCGAUACACAGCAGUGAGCAGUUUCAUUUUCCUGCGUUUCUUCGCUCCAGCCAUCCUCUCCCCCAACUUGUUCCAUCUACGGCCGCACCAUCCAGAUCCCGCCACCUCUCGAACCCUCACCCUCAUCUCCAAGACAAUCCAGACCCUGGGGAGUCUCGCCAAGUCUAAAUCUGCCAAUUUCAAAGAGUCCUACAUGGCUGCAUUUUACGACUACUUCAAUGAGCAGAAAUAUGCAGACGCUGUGAAGAAUUUCCUGGACCUGAUCUCAACCUCUGGCAAAUGGGAUCAGAAGAGUAUUGAAACACCAAUCAUGCUCAAAGAGGGGAGUGUAAAACUCACUAUAAAGAGGGUUGAUGGGAAGGGGUCAAAAGGCACGAAGGGCAGAUUUAUGAUAAAGAGGGCACAAGGGAGAAACCGGUUUGGAAUGAAGAACUUCAAGAAGAGAUGGUUUCGCCUCACCAAUCACGAGUUUACUUACCACAAAACCAAAGGUGAGGGCGCUCUGUGCAGCAUUCCCAUAGAGAACAUUCUGGCUGUAGAGCGGCUAGAGGAGGAGUCUUUCAAGAUGAAAAAUAUGUUCCAGGUCAUUCAGCCGGAGCGGGCGCUCUACAUUCAGGCCAACAACUGCGUCGAAGCGCGCGACUGGAUCGACAUCCUGACCAAAGUCAGCCAGUGCAACCGCAAACGCCUAAGCACCUACCAUCCUUCAGCCUACCUCAACGGCCACUGGCUCUGCUGCAAGCUCUCAGCAGACGCAGCCGCUGGGUGUACACCCUGCACCGGCGGUCUGCCAGCAAACAUCCAGCUGGACGUAGAUGGAGACAGAGAGACCGAGAGGAUUUAUUCCCUGUAUAGCACAUACAUGACCAAACUGAUCAAGAUGCAAGAGGCCUGCGGCAGUAAGUCUGUGUACGACGGGCCGGAACAGGAGGAGUACUCAAGCUUUGUCAUCGAUGACCCACAGGAGACCUACAAAACCUUGAAACUGAUUGUUUCAGCCGUGCAGACCUUGGAGCAGCAGCACACCAAGUACAAACGAGACAAGUUCAAGAAGACAAAGAUAGGCAGCCAGGAGCAUCCAAUUGGAGACAAGAGUUUUCAGUGCUACAUCCGCCAGCAGUCUGAGAGCUCCACCUACUCCAUCUAGCCCUGUGGACUGUUUCUACGAUGCCCAGAACCAGCAUAUUUUUCUUUACCGCAAAGACAUCCAUUUUAACAAUGCUCCGUGUCUAGUAUUGAGUUUUAAAUCUUUAUUUUUCCUUAAAACAAAAUAUAAAAAGGUGAGAUAAUUUCACUUAUUUCCAAUGCAGUGUAUCCAUGCUUCAAAAGGAAUAUUUCACUUUUUUAAAGACUUUUCUGGAAGCAGGUGAUGCUGUUUUGGAAACGAGUGUCACCUGACUUAUCUGUUCAGUUUUAAGGAAAUUAAGAGUCAAUACCAGACUGAACGAGCCGUGCAGAUGGACUUUUUUUUUUGCAUUGUCUCAAGAUGCAUCACUCCAAAUUUGGAGCACAGACCUCAGAUCAGCGUGACAAAUAGAGGAACAGUUGUGGAAGAAAGGAGGGAUACAAAUCAAGACAUAAUCAUACCAUCUAUUUGGAUCUCCUGUCUGUGAUGUGACGAGAGAACAAACAAAACGUUUUCACUGGACAGUUUUGACAGUGACCAACACGCACUUUAAUCGCCUCCAAAUCUAUGGAUGAACAAGCCUCGCAGCACUCUUUCAAAAGCUUAUUUUAUCUGUUUGAUUUUUAUUUGGUUAUUUUAAUGGUUGACAUGUUCCAUUGUAUUUCACUCCAGAAGGAAGGAAGGACUGUAAUGUUUCCCUCUUUGGGUGGUGUUGUCCCCAUUUCUUUUUUUUUUGUUUUGUCCCCAACCUCCUCAGGAAGGCUGUGAAGGUCGAGGGCACACAAGAAGGGACCAAGCACAGCCGAGAGCAGCUUGACGUUAUCAUUGUUCUCAAUUUCAUCCCUCAUUUUUAAUCCUUUUCAUCAACGUGCUAACAGUUGUAUAGGUUCAAGUUUUCACGUUUCAUUUGAAGCCUUGUUCUGUUGUGGUUGCAUAUCAUGCUCCAGUACCUGGGCUGAAGGAAUAGCUUUUUUGGAGAGUUCUGACACAGACAAACCCACGUAGGCCUUUUUUGUGUCUUUAUGGGUGUAAAGUUGCAGCUUCUCUUUUAAGACAAAAUACACAUACUGUACAAAACAGGUGUUUUCAGUUAAUCUGACUGAUUAGAGCUCUUCUCAGGACUGUGUGGGUGCGUAUAGACUUACUGAGUGACAUCUUCCUGAGUCUCCUGUUAGCUUUGUCGCACCUGUUAGGUUAGGGCGGAACAAAUUACACCUUUAUCAUUCUUAUUGGUAGAUGGAAAUUUGUGACCUAAUACAUUCACAUCAAAGCUCCGGCCCACCGUCAACCUGAGCAGAGGUCUAAUCAGCCAGAAGAACUGAAAACACCUGUUAGGGUGUUCAGAGGCUUUAAGUUGAACUCCAUUUGAGCUCCAUCUAUGAGUAGUAGUCCCAAGGCCUAUUGAAGGAGGCUGGGACACGAGCGGACAUGUGUGUGGGGUAUGGGGUAUAACACUUGCGCAGUAUAACCGAAACUGCAGUCGUGCGUUGCGAUUGGCUCAAUUUCGGCAAGUGCAGACCAGAUUUUACUGUGCAUGUGUACCCCAAAGGUAUGUCGCGUUGAUGACCCAGCCUCUUUCAAUAGGCCUUGAGUAGUCCAACCUUGUUUGACAAGCACACGCUUCCAUGGUGGAUAAAUAUUAGUGAUCCCGUUGUAGGUUCAUGUGAAUGGAAAACAGUGUAUUUUGCCGCUUUUAAGAGGUUCCUUGGCUGAGAGCUUUUCAACACACCCUCAAACUGCAUGCAGACAUGACAAAGGCAUGUGUUUGUUUCACUCUGUGUAAGUAGAAAAAAGGCGUUAAAGCCAAACUAUCCCUUCAACCAUCACAAAGCAGAAACUACAUGUUAGUACAGCUCGUUAACAAGGACGGUUUUUAGCUUCUAAUUAACUGAUAUACUAACAUUUUAACCAGUCUUUUCUCAAAUGGAUAGUGUGUGUGAAAUGGAUAGUGUGUUGCUGGUUGUGUUGCACUGUUGGCUGCCUAAUAAUGUAGUGUUUCUGUUUAGCUCUGUCUUACUUUGGAUAGGCUACACCCUGUAGUUUAAAACCUAUUUAUAUGCAUUCCUCUGAGAAACUGCUUGCUGUGAAUCUUACCGGUCAGCACCCCAGAAUCUGUUGAUGGUACAGGAUUUAUUGUUGUUAACCAGUUGUGUUGUGUUGUUCUAGGCAACCACUCUCAUUCACAUUCAUCAGCACUCACUCUCGCCAAAACCAGUGCAUGUGAAGUAUAGUUGUAGUCACGGCGACGGUAGCCUCCACAGGUGACUACAAACCACCACAAAUUUUUGUAUUUUCCAAACUAAAUACCUGGUUAUGUAGCCUCACGUGUGAUCACAGGAUCCCAAACAGUGCCAGUCAUCACUUUUAUAUCAUUCUUUUUGAAAAGCAAACAAAAAAAAAAAUCAUUGUUAUAUGAUAUAGAUAUGUUUUUUAUAUAUCUCGAAACCUAUACUGUUUUAAAAACAGACGAGCAAUUAUUCCGAUGACAUCUUUUUCUUUGUCAAAUUUGUUGAUCUAUGAACUAUAAGGACGGUUCUCAACUGUUUGACUAUGUUUUCUAUCUCUGUCUUGUCAUACAGAAAUCUCGCUGUGCGUCUGAAUCGAAUGACUGAGGUGUGUGUUUUGUGUGUGUGUGUGUGUGUGUGUGUUGUGAGUGUGAAUUUGUCAGUAUGUGCAUGAGUGACUGACAUGACGGGUUGUAUUGCCAAUUGAAUUGCCCCAGUGUUACAGGUCAGGAGAGGCAGAGUCGCACUUGUUAAAAAAGAGAAGAUCACUGCCUGUAAUUCUACUAAAGACCUCCGGCCUGAUAUGGUGUAUCUCCUCUUUCCUCUUGUAUAGAACCACUGUUCCUUUUCAAGGAACCUUUGCCAAUAUAAUCUCCCCACUCAUUUUAUGUAACACAGUAAUAACAUUGAUGAACCAUUAAGAGAGCAGCAUUGCUGUGACCUCUGAACUUUGAUGAGUGUUUGUUUCCACCAGUUACUAACUCUCCUCAGGUUUAGGAAACUCAGCACUGCAUGUUUUUUUUUGCCAAGAGCGAGGAGCUGUGUCUCUCAUCCCUAACUUGGUAAUCAUAUUUAUUAUCAUUUCAGCAAAACCUUCCCAGAAACAUCAGCUGACUCGGUGGGGGUGAUGCCAGUUACAGUAACGGCAACUCCUCUACCGCGAAGCCCACAAAGGAAUGACUUAUGCAAUAAUGGUGUGUGUGUUCCAGCAUGCAAUAAUAAUAAUAACAACCCCUCAAUAAGCCCAUCAAAUUAUCACAAACGCACAUCUGCUGUCCUUUUCCAGUAAAAUUCCUCUUCAGAUAAACACGUUAUAAAGGGAGAACAGUGUAUUUUGUAUAAAUAUUUUAAAAGUAUUAAAAUAAGCCUGUUAUAAUGUGUACAUAAAACAGUUGAAUGAAUGGUGAAAAUGUGAUGUGUUUUUUUCCCUGAAUAACUAAAUGAAACCAAUAUUAAUGCAAA